AUGCCAGCGACGAAGAUCGCCACUCAGCCCAGACAACCACAAACACCCGCCUGCUGUGGUGUGAUUGAAGAAGCAACCACUGCUGCUCUAGAGAAACGGCACAGAAGAACGAAACCUCAGCCAUGGAUUGCCCGGAAGCUCAUGGUUGGGAUAACGCUAGGGAUUAUUGGAUAUGGGGCAUAUGUAUACAUUCAGCACCUGUGUUUGCCUAUGAUCAAGAGACGGGCAGGAGCUCCAGCUGGACGAGGGACGGGAAUUGCACUCUUGACCGUGUUCUCGGUGCUAUAUCUAUGGAUGGUAUGGGCGUACGUCAAGGCCAUUCUGACGCCUCCAGGAUAUGCGAAGGAUCAUGUCCCACAGUCCGAACGGCCCCUUAUUCCCGCCUCAGUGCCUCUUCACGACUCCUGGCACUCCACCACCAUCUCUCACAGUGCCAUGCCUGCGGAUGUUGAGAUGAACCCUCGAACCUCGCAGCACACGAGGAAUACCUCCUUCUCCACGUCGCUAAAUCAUGCAACUGCGCAUCUGUCGCAGCCAAGACACGAACCAGGCCUCGCUGGACCUUCUUACGAAGAUCUGUUGAGGAAGGAUGGUGUCACUGUCCGAAACGACAACGAAGAGCACGACACGGAUCCCAACGCGAGUGUCCUCGGCGUCAUCCCUCGUCCUGCGGUGCGAAUCGAUGAACGGCCUGCAGUGGAACCUCCACGGUCUCCUACGUCCUCCGAGACGAUGGCUUCUCCGCAGCAGCAGCAUCACAAGCAGUCGUCUUCGAUUAGCUCGAACAUCAAGUUGAUGAAGCCGAGACCUGACGAUCGCAGGCUAUCUACCACACGGCAGGAGAAGAAACAGCGCAAGCAUGACGCCUUGCAGCGGCGACCUCCAACGACGGCUGUCUUGCUACCAGCCCAUCGGUAUUGCACAACAGAGCAAUUCGUGAAGCCAUACAGGUCCCACCACUGUCGAGUUUGUGGAACUUGUGUUCUGAAGUAUGACCACCAUUGCCCGUGGAUCGGGCAAUGCGUAGGAGCACGAAACCAUAAGUUCUUUGUCAACUUCUGUCAAGCCACGACGGUGUUUACGAGCUAUGUCUUCGCGACACAACUCGCAUACGUCAUCAUCGAGAUGAACUCGACCCAUAACUCUGCCAAUCUCAAUCCGCAGGAGAUCGUCCUGGUCGCGCUCGCUGCGCUAUUCUUCUUGUUUACGAGCUCGCUCGUAACAUCGCACACCCAUAUGAUCUUGAAGGGUCAGACGACGGUAGAGAGCAUGCAGAUACGGUCAAUGAAGGAGAGGGGAGAUCAUAUGUUGGCAAACGCCCUGGCAUGUUGGGAGUUUGGUGCGAAACGGAGAAAGCAGCGGGAAUGGGAUUACGAAUGGGGUGCCUUGAAUACGGAGGGCAACAUCUGGUGGAGAGGAAGCAGUCGGGAAGAGUGGGUGGAUGUAAUGGGCAAGAACAGGUUAGGUUGGAUAUUUCCUAUUGGAAGGAGUUUAAGCGACGGGUUGUCCUACCCGGUCAAUCCCAGGUUCGACUCAGAAGGCCGCUGGCGAAGACGCUCCGAGUGGCCAGAACAUCUGCGAUAA